AUGCAUUACUCAAUCGCGCAGCUCGCCGCCCUAGCAGUAACUCCCCUCCUUGUCUCCGCGGCUCCGUCGAUCGAGGCUCGACAAGCGCAGAAGAUCACUGUCGACGUCACCAAGAAAUACCAAACCAUUGACGGCUUUGGCUUUUCCGCCGCUUUCCAGCGUGCAAACCUCAUCGUCAACCUGCAGGAGCCUAAGCAAACGGAACUCCUCAACCUACUCUUCAACACCACAUCCGGCGCAGGUUUCUCAAUUGUUCGCAAUGGCAUUGGCAGCUCCAAAGACAGCAGCAGGGACUACAUGAACACCAUCCUGCCGACUUGUCCAAGCACACCAGAUGGAACUCCGAACUAUGUUUGGGAUGGCAAGGAUAGCGGACAGUUGUUCCUGAGCCAGAAGGCCGUCUCGUACGGAGUCAAGACGUUUUACGCAAACGCGUGGAGUGCGCCUGGAUGCAUGAAGACAAACGGGAAUGACGUGAAUGGCGGGAAUCUAUGCGGUGUCUCCGGCACAAACUGCCGAUCGGGCGACUGGAAACAAGCCUACGCUAACUACCUCGUAAAAUACGUCCAACUCUACGCGGAAUCCGGCGUCAAAGUAACGCAUCUUGGCUUCCUCAAUGAACCCGACUACAGCACCUCGUAUGCCAGCAUGCAAUCUUCAGGCACCCAAGCCGCCGAUUUCAUCAAAGUACUCCGCCCAACCCUCGACAAAAACAACCUCACCGAUGUCGGCAUUAACUGCUGUGAUGCUACAGGCUGGAGUGUCGCUUCACAGCAUGCUUCUCAAAUCGCUAGCGCCGGCGCCGAGAACAUGUUGUACGCGAUUACCUCCCACGAGUACACGAGCCGCAUCUCCGGCGUGAUGCGCACGACGCGCCGUGUCUGGGAAACGGAGUACGCUGACCUGAACGGUGGAUGGAGCACAGCAUGGUAUCAAUCCGGCGGUGCAGGUGACGGCUUUACCUGGGCCAACACCGUCUUCAACGGAAUCGUCAACUCCAAUCUCUCGGCCUAUAUUUUCUGGGAGGGCGUCCAAGACCGCGCAACCAACAACAACAAUAACGAGAAACUCAUCCUAGUUGACGGGCAGACCUACCAGGUCAGCAAGCGGCUGUGGGCCUUCGCUCAGUUCCGCGUCGUCAGACCUGGCGCCGUACGAGUUGGAACUUCGGGCGGAAGCAAUCUUAAGAGCAGCGCUUUUGUGAAUACAGAUGGUAGCAUCGCCGUCGUCAUGAUUAACUCCGGGACGGGGACGCAGACAGUUGGUGUGAGCGGUUUGACAGUGGCAAACCCGACGGUGAAGGCGUGGUAUACGGAUAAUACGCAUGAUAUGACCGAAACGACCGUGACGGUAGGAAGCGACGGCACCGCGAGUGCCAGCGUGCCCGGGCGGGGUAUGAUCAGCUUCUUGAUCACGAGCCCGGCGAAUGCGACGCUGGUCUAG